AUGGCGUCCUACCGGUACCGGGGAACAGUCUCUGUGACCGUAACAGGCCUGACGUGUCAGCGCUGGGACAGUGGUGAGCACGACUAUACACCUGAGAAUUACCCGACAGCCGGACUGGAGCAGAACUACUGCCGGAACCCGGGCCACGAUGACGGGGGAGUUUGGUGCUUCACCACGGAUCCCGACACGAUAUGGGAUUAUUGUGACGUGCCAUUAUGUGAAAAUGAAGAUUCUCCGACGGCAUCUGCAGUGGAAGCUGUUUCUGGAGAGACACUCAUCGGCGGGGGAACUUAUGAGUGCAACCACAACUACGUGUACGCGGUGUACGGUGAGAAUCAGCCGUGGUGGACGGUGGACCUGGGAGGCAGCUACACUGUCAGUCGGGUCAGCGUUCUCAACAGGGCAGACUGCUGUAACGUGUCUGACACUGCUAAGACGUGGCGGGAAGAUCAUCGUUGCAGAGGAGACUUCCUUGCGGAGGACGGCAGCCCGGCAGAAUGCGACCCUGACAGUCUUAACGGAUGCUGCUCCGGGUCCGGCUGGUGCGGCUACACGACAGACCACUGUGACUGUUAUUACUGUAUAGACUACAGUAACAAAGGUGUACGGCUGGCACUGGAUGCGUCGUGGGUUGUGGACUUCACGGGCACGGACAGACUACGUGAUGCCGCAAGCGCCUUGGAUGGGGACAUAGAGACCGUCUGGAACAGCGUAGGUCCUCCCCGGUACCACAACAACUGGUACAUCAUCCUGGACCUCCGAGCCCCCACGACUCUGAUCCGCAUCGGAGUCAACAACUACGGAGACACCACCCAUGACACUGCCGCCUUCAGACUGCAGAAGUCUCUGGUUGGAGCUCCGUACAGCUGGGAGGAUGUCACGUUCGUCGAUAACGUGCAGGGCGGGACGAACCAGCGCCAGGAGUUCGGCGACUUCCGAGAAACAGCCCGGUAUUGGAAGUUCGUGGUCACCCGGACUCACGAAGGCUACCAGCCAUGGCUCUCAGAACUGAACCUAUACAGAAUCUCUGCUACCCAGAGGCAACAGAACUUCAUGGUGCGUGUCGGCCCGAGCCUGGAGGAGACAUCCCGUCUGAACGAGCAGUGCGGAGAGGCCUACAUGGACACUCCGCUGUUAGAUGGGCAGACCAUCGAGUUGGACUGCGACCCGCCGAUAUCCGGGCGGUAUGUGUCCAUACUGCUGGUGGAACCGUCAGACGCCUUAACACUGUGUGAGGUGGAGGUCUACGGUACCAGUUAAAAGAUCUUACAUCUGGCCUCUGGUAGUACUAAGAAAUGUUGUGUUGAUUGUCUUGUAUUUCUCUGUAAUUGUGUAUGUUGUGUGCCAUUAUGUUCGUGAUGAUGCACGUUUUUCUUUUAACCGUAGCAGUUUUCAUAUUGAAGUAAAUGCAUAUUUCACAUUUUUAUAAUCCCGUGGAGUAGGCCGUAGCUUAUAAGUAGCUGUGUGGUUAAGUAGCAAGGUUCUGGGAGCAGAUAUUAGGUGGUUGUUGUGAAUAAUCGUUUGCGAGUAUCUGUUAGGAUUGUGACGUAUGGUUUGCACCUAUUACGAUACCUUGUCAAAUAGAUAAUAUGUAGCAAAUGAGAGAUAUUGUUAUCAAAGACGACUUGUCUUCUGUUUAGAUUGUCGUGUUAUUGAGAUUAUGCACAUGUAUUUACAUAACACAUGUAAACAUCACCAAUCUGUAUGUACGUUUGAUUUGUUAUUACAAACGUAUGAUUAUCAUCACUGGUAUUAAGCAAUUUAUUUUAUUUUGUUCAUUUAUUGUUUAUUUCAGGCUCAAUGGCCCAUAGCACAGACACACAACAUUACACAAACACAUCUAGCUUUGUGACUUUAUGGUGACUUUAGAACUUUCGCAAUUCCUUCAUUUAUUAAAUGUACAUAUUAAUAUAUACUAGUAUGCAACACAGCUAGCAUUAUGUCUCUGCCCUAACCAUGAGAGGAAGAGAAAGUUAUGAUAUCUUCUCACAAUUUUUCACAAAAUGGCAAAGCUGGUAUUUCAAAGCUGGCCUCUGAUUGUAGCUGCCUUCGUUUGUAGUAGACACUCAGC